UAAAAGAUGGCAGUUUGAACAGUUACCAAAACUGAGGUUGCAAAGUAAAAAUUGAACGAUUUACAAUGUUUAUUUUCUUAUUUCAUUGAUUAAUAUGGCUGAAAUAUCCUAGGGGGCAAUUCAUAUAUUUAUGCGGAUAAUAAAAGAAUUCUUUAAUGUGAUCCAUAUCGCAUAAUUUCAUUUUAUGAUUUACAAAUAUUUUCCAUAAUAUACCAACUCCAAGUCCAGUCUAAAAUGGCGAAGCAUCAUCCGGAUUUGAUUUUUUGUCGCAAACAAGCCGGUGUUGCUAUAGGCCGUUUAUGUGAAAAAUGUGAUGGAAAGUGUGUGAUAUGUGACUCGUAUGUACGGCCAUGCACACUUGUAAGGAUAUGUGACGAGUGUAACUACGGGUCUUACCAGGGAAGAUGUGUUAUAUGUGGGGGUCCUGGAGUCUCAGAUGCUUACUAUUGUAAAGAAUGCACAAUCACUGAAAAAGAUAGAGAUGGCUGUCCAAAGAUUGUGAAUCUCGGCAGUGCAAAGACUGAUCUAUUCUAUGAGAGAAAGAAAUAUGGCUUUAAGAAACGAUAG